GAUUGAGAAACACAGGGGUGGAUAACUCACAAAACCUCAGCUGAUCACAAUCCUGUGUCAGAGCAGGCAAAGAAACAGAAGCUGCACAAUGAAGUGCCAUAUUGUUUCAGUACUGCUCCUGAUCUUUACUGUGGAACUGAGCUCCUCAACGGACAACAGCUUCUUUAUCUCAGCCCCCAACGUGUUUCAUGUGGGAGUUAAAGAGAAAGUGUUUGUCCAGAUGGGAAGGUCUUAUCUUAACAAUCCUGUCACUCUCCAUCUGGAGCAUGAGAUUAGCGGCACUGUUGUGUCUGAGAAGGUACCUGCUCAGUGCACUAGUGAACGGGACACCGUAACAGUUGAGCUCAUGAUAAACAAGGAAAUUAUGUCAAGAAUUGUGCCUCCAAAAUAUCAACCUCCCUACUUUUUGCUGGUGGCAGAGAGCCCAGCUUUCAGUCAGAGGAAGUCAACAAGAGUCCUAGUAUCAAAACACAGGGGCUAUAUCUUCAUUCAGACUGAUCAGCCAGUCUACAAGCCAACAGACAAAGUGAGUUACAGGAUAUUCACUCUUGACCACACAUUGAGGCCUCAUGAGGAAACAUUCCACAUUUCAGUAGUUAAUGCUGCUGGAAACAAAAUAAUGAAGUCCCUUAGAUCUGCACGGGGAGGAAUAUUCAAAGGCACAUUCUCCAUACCUGAUGUCUCUGAAAUGGGCACAUGGAAGAUUACAGCUCACUAUGAAGAUGAUGAACCACAUUCUGUUUCUCGAGAGUUCAAAGUCCAAAAAUUUGUUUUACCGAGUUUUGGGGUGAGCAUUGAAAUGGAGGAGAAAUACAUUUUGCUGAAUGCUGAACAGUUUGUCUUCACCAUCUCAGCCAUGUAUUCACAUGGUGAAAAGGUUAAAGGGGCUUACCACUGUCAAGUUGGAGUGUUAGAAAAACGUAGAAACCAUGAUCAAAAAAAAAUAAAGCCUGUCUUAAUCGGUGGACUGGACCUGACUGGUUCGGUUGACAGAGGAAGUGCAAGUGUUUCUCUCCAAAUAGCAACCGUAAAUGAUCAGCUCCAAAACAGGCUGAACCGAACCCUCUCUGAUUUACAGCAAAGUGGAGCACAACUCUAUUUGGGAGUGUUUGUCACAAACAUACAAAGUGGUGAAAUGCAAGAGGCAGAGGUUUAUCUUCCAGUAAUCUCCCACAAAUACACCAUGGAUCUGUCUCGAACUCGCUCCUACUUCAUUCCUGGAUAUCCACUAGAUGUGGUGGUAGUCAUGAGUCUCCCAGAUGGCUCUCCAGCAGCUGGUGUGCCAGUAAAGAUUGAUGUACCAGGAUCAUCAGAGCAGUCAUUGCAAGGCAUUUCUGACCAGGAGGGGGCAGUGUUUCGUGCCUUUAAUAUUCACACUACAUCUCAGAUUGAUAUUGAAGUGACGGCAGAUGGCCUGCAAGAGAGGAAAAUAAUUAGACAAGCCUCAUCUCCAAGUAACAGCUACCUUUUCAUGAGUGUUACCAACAAGGUGUACCUUGUGAAUGAUUUACUUGCAGUAACAUACCAUGGCAAGAAUGGCCCGGGACAUGGGUAUAUAUACUACAUGGUCCUAAGCCGUGGGAUCCUAAUAACCACAGGUGCUCUACCAUUUGGUACCUCAGUUAAAGACAACCUGCGUAUCACACCUAAUAUGGUUCCAUCCUUCCGUCUGAUUGGCUACUUCUACAACCAGAAUGGUGACAUCAUUGCUGACUCUGUGUGGAUAGAUGUCAGGGACGAGUGUGAGAUAAAGGUCGAGGUACAACAAAAAGGAUCUUUUGUACCUGGAAAACAGUCAGAACUAGAAUUUGAUUUACACGGUCAGAGAGCCAAAGUGGCUUUGCUUGCUGUGGAUAAGGCCUUCUACGCUCUCAAUGCUGAUAAUAAACUCACUGCCAAACAGGUGUUUUCCACUAUGCAGUCAUAUGACCUUGGUUGCUCAUAUGGUGGAGGACCUGACCCAGCAUCUGUACUAAGAGAUGCUGGCCUGGCUUUUGUAUCUCAGUCCCAGUCAGAGUGGAGAAAGGAUUUUCGCUGUGAUUCACAGUCUGCACGACCUAGACGUUCUGUGGACUUUCAACAGGAACUGAUUACCUUAAAAUCUAAUUUUACUGAUGAAAAUCUUCAGGACUGUUGCGGUCAGGGGUUUUCUCGCAUCCCCAUGACACUUACAUGUCAGGAAAGAGCAAAGAGAGUAUCACUGGUGCAACGCAAUCAAGCUUGUGCAGACGUCUUUUUAAAAUGCUGCCUUGAAGGAGAACGUCUGAGACAAAUAAAAAUACAAGAGGAUGCUGGGAAAACACUUGGCAGGACUGCAACCAUAAGUGACAUUGAACAGUUCUUCUUGGACACUGCUGCUCAGUAUAUUCGGAGAUUUUUCCCUCCAAGCUUUGCAUUCACAGAAUUUGAUGUAAAUGGCAAACGAAGGUUUUCUUUGGCUGUACCCGAUUCUAUCACCACAUGGGAAAUUCAGGUUGUCACAUUAUCUGCAGCCAGCGGUUUCUGUGUAGUCAAGCCAACUGAGGCAAGAGCCUUUACGAGCACAUUUGUGUCUCUGAGACUGCCUUACUCAGUGAAAAAAUAUGAGCAAAUAUCCAUCUCACCUGUUAUCUACAACUAUGACCAUGACCCAUUAGAGGUGGCAGUUCAUAUGGAACAAACUGAAGGACUUUGCUCCCCUGGCUCAGCCACCUCCACAGCUUUUGUUAACAUUACUGUGGACGGAGAGUCCUCCCAGUUUGUCUCUUUCUCUGCUGUCCCCAUGGUAACUGGCUCCAUACCCAUCAAAAUACGUCUCUAUGACAUAAAAAAUGAGAGGGGAAUAGAUGCAGUUGAAAAGACUUUGAAUGUGUGGACAGAAGGAUUAGAACAGAGAGAAGAGACGACCCAAGUGAUUAAAUUAGAUGGAAACACAAAAAGUUUAACUCUUGAUGGAACUUUACCAGAUGAAAUAGUCCCAGAAUCCAGCACCAACAUUUUCGUUUCAGUGGAAGGGAAUGGAUUUUCUUUCCAAGCGAAGAACCUUCUUUCUCCUGAGAAGGUUGCUGGCCUGAUCGUAUUGCCUACAGGAUGUUGUGAACAGACAAUGUCAGGACUUGCCCCCACAGCUUUAGCUGUCCGCUACCUUGAUCUGAGUGAGCAAUGGUUUAACUUGCCUGCUGGUGCCAGAGAUGAUGCUCUCGAUAAAAUUGAGAAAGGUUUUGUUAGGGUUUUAACAUUCAAGAAACCCAAUGGAUCUUAUGGACCAUGGUAUACAGAUGCACCUAGUAACUGGUUGACUGCCUAUGUACUGAAAGUGCUCUCACUGGUGGCACAGCGUCAGACAGUGACUUUUGGACCCCAGGGUCGGACAGCUAGGGUUGUACCAGCAGAUGAGAUCAUGCAUUCAGUCACUUACUUGAUCUCAGUACAGAACACUGACGGGUCAUACAGUGACCGAUUUCCUGUGUUACACAGAGCAGUUCUGAAAGGCAAAGACCGAGAUGCAUCCAUGACGGCUUUCAUAACUGUGUCCCUGCACCUGUCCCUUCAAUUCCUGCGACCUGAUGUACGAAGUACUGCGGAAGCAAGCAUUUCAAGAUCAACAACGUAUCUCAUGUCAAACCUAGAGGCACUUCAGCAUCCCUAUGCUGUUGCCAUUACAGCCUACUGCCUCUCAGUUUGCCUGCCAGAGGGGACGAAUCGUUCACGUGUCUGGACGAAACUUGAAGGAAUGGCCACUGAAGCGAAGGAUGGCUGUUAUCUGUGGACAGCUAAUCCCAACACUCAAGGGCGGGCAGAUGCCAUCACAAUAGAAACUACAGCCUAUGCCCUCCUUACUGCGGUGGCACUUGAGAAUGCCCAGUGGGCAGACAAAGCAGCCUGCUGGCUAACCACAGAAGAAAGCUAUUCUGGAGGCUUCAGAUCAACACAGGAUACCAUCAUGGCACUGGAAGCCCUCGCCGAGUAUGAGCUCAAGAGGUCCGUCAGUCCCGAAGCAAAUUUAAUAGCAGAGUUCACAGUUCCAGGAAAGAGAGACAUUGUGAGGCUUACUAUGCAAAACAAGGAGAAAGUGGAAGCAGAUCUGAAGAAACUUUCAGGGCACAACAUUGCUGUGCAGUUGUCAGGAAGAGGGGACACCAAACUAAAAAUUGUAAAGGCUUACCAUGUACUGGAUCCCAAUGACGACUGCACCAAACUGUCUAUCAGGGUCACAGUGGAGGGGAAAGUGAAGUACACUGCUAAGAUCAUAGAAACAUACGACUACUAUGAUGACGACUACGAUAACAACGAUGAAAGCGAGGCGCGAGUGCCACGAUCAGCAAUUGAGUGGUUUGAUGCUCGCACCCGAAGCAGGAGAGAUCUUGACAACAACCUAAAUCCAGACGGGACUGUCACCUACAGAGUCUGUGUCAGUCAUAGCCUGAACAACACUCUCACAGGAAUGGCCAUAGCUGACAUCACAUUACUGAGUGGAUUUGAGGCUGUAACUGAGGACCUGGACAGGCUAAAACAGGUACCUGAGCAAUACAUUUCCCAUUAUGAAGUCUCCUAUGGAAGGGUGUUGAUAUACUUCAAUGAGCUCUUUGAACAAGAGGAAUGUAUUAGUUUUGACGCUGUACAGAGAGUGCCAGUCGGCCUUCUGCAGCCUGCUCCUGCCGUGUUCUAUGACUACUAUGAACCAAAACGAAAGUGUACUGUGUUCUACUCUGCCCCCCAAAGAAGCAAGUUGGUCUCUAAACUGUGUUCAGAGGAUGUGUGCCAGUGUGCAGAAAGACCCUGCCAUAAUCUAAAAAUGACAUUCAAGUCUGAAAGAAAUCGAAAACUGACAAAGAAUGACCGUGUAGAACAUGCUUGCUUCUUCCCUACAGUGGAUUAUGCAUACAUUGUUGAAGUUGUCACUGUUUCUGUGAAGAGCAACUUUGACUUAUACAACACUCGUGUAAUUGAGGUACUCAGAUCAAAUGGAGAUAUGCUUGUCAAUCAAAAUUCUGUUCGAGUGUUUGCUAAGAGGCGGCAGUGCAAAGGAGAGUUAGAGGUGGGAAAAGCGUAUCUCAUCAUGGGCAAAGAUGGCUCCACAACCGACUCAAAUGGAGAGAUGCAGUACCUGUUGGAAUCUAACACCUGGGUUGAGAAAAAGCCUUUGCCCAGAAACUGUAAAAAAUCUUCCCACAGAGCAGCCUGCACAGGGUUUUCUGACUUCAUAAAUGAGUACAAGAUAGAUGGCUGCAAACAGUGAAUCAGACUGCCGAGCAAAUCUGUUACAAAUCUCAGUUACAAAGUAAGAUGCAAAGUCAGCUUUACUUUUAUAAACAGAGGCAUGAAAUUGUAACAGCAUGCAUAAGUACUAAAACAUUAUUGCUUGCUUAAAUCAGACAGUAGGUGGGUGACUCAUUCAGCUUCCAUCACAGUGUCAUUUGAAAAUGUGCCACUUCAGUGUAACUGUCUAUCAUUUCUUUAUGUCUAAAACUGAAAACAAAAAAAAAACAUCUAGUUAUUCA